CCUUCUGAAUGCUAGAGAGGAGGAACUGAAGUGGACACUGGUGGGGUUUAUUUAGCACUGAGGUCAAGCACUUUCAGAUAAGUUAACAUCCUCGGUUUGUAAUAGCUCAUAAAUAGAUUUUACUUUGCAAGGGAAAGUAGCAUAGGCUACUACUGGGUAGAAAUAGCAAAAGGAAGAAAUGCUUUAGAAAUUGUUGUUUAAUGCAGGAGGUUACUGGAGCACUCAAAGCUCUACAGAGACAAAGAGAAGCAACCAAAGCAAUGUCGCUGGCAGGGGUAAGCUGCCUGGUGACCGGCGCGGGAGGGUUCCUUGGCCGGAGGAUUGUUUGCUUACUGCUGGAAGAAGAUGAGGCGCUGGCUGAGAUCCGGCUGCUGGACAAAGCCUUCAGCAGGGAGGCACUCUGGAGCUUUGGAAAGUUCCAGGGCAAGACUGAGGUGAAAAUCCUGGAAGGGGACAUCCGAGAUGUGGAGUUCCUGCACCGUGCCUGUCAGGGGGUCUCGCUUGUCAUCCACACAGCAUCCAUCAUUGAUACCCUGGGCCUGGUGGAGAAGCAGCUGCUCUGGGAAGUCAACGUGACAGGUAAGAGAGCAAAACGCCUUUCUCAGGCCACUGCCUGUCACAAUAUUUCAAUAUAUUCCCUAAAAGAAAAAGUUAAUCCUCAUUCCUCUGAUCCACAAACCCUCUGUGCUGUGAAUGGGCACUGCCUGCCUUCCGUGCAUACUGGUACUUCAGCUCCUAGGUGAGGAUAUGGGGAAGACGUUCUUCUUGACAUGAAAGACUUUCUUGGUUCUUUGUUCUUCCCUACCGCAAAAGAAGGACUUCCUCACUGAAAAAUGCAAAACAUGUUUCUACAGACUACACUUGUAUACUGACUGCACAUCCAUGUCCAGAGCAAGAGAGCAGUCUUUCUACAAAAGUUGUAUUGUCGCUCUUACACGCAUUCUAAAACAGUGGCAUGGCAUUUUGGUUGUUUCAGCCUGACCCAUCAGCUGUAUAUUCAGUUUCCAGACCCUUUCAGUUCUGGUCUGUCAAAGCUGCAGGUUGGCAGAGACCACAAUUGGAGCAGGCGGUUGUUAAGAACCCUGCUGGAGAGAAGGUCAAAAAGGCAAGUUCCUAUAAAGCUGUCCACUGUGUGGUAUGAAAAAAUAAAUAUACAGGGAGAGUAGUUCAGAGAGAUAAUUUGUCCUGCUACGAUCUGGUGGUUGUUGUUGUUGUUGUUGUUGUUGAUUUAACAAGGUCAGCUGGUAAAUAUCAAAGUUCUCUUCUCUUUUUCCUUCCAUAUCCACUUUGAUGCUCUUUCGGCUUGCUGCCCAACUGAGACACUGCUAUGUACUUCACAAGGAUGUGGGAUUAAAGUU